UUGACAACAAAGAGUUAGAGUUGUACUUUUUGUUGAAAAUAAACACCAAACUUCACACUAUCUGUCAAAAACCAACUUUUGAAUCUCUUUAAUUUUCUAUUAUCUAUUAUUUGAUUAUCUUCUUUAUAAUUGGUUUAUUUUUAUUUUACUCAACAUUGCGAAGCAUCAAUAAAAUGGUAUUAAAAAUAGAAACGCGUUCUAUUGAGGAAGCUUUGGCUCCAUUAGUUCUUGAGGUUACUACACUGGUGCAAAAUCAGGAAAAAAGGAAAGGUGGCAAAUCUCAGAGACCACAAGUUUUAGUUGCCACUGUAGAGAAAUCUAUUCAAAAUUUCAUUAGUAUUGGUGAAGAAAUUGCAGCUGAAAAUGCCGAUAUUCAAGAAGAGAUGGCUGCUUCAUUAGAAAAAGUUCGUGAGACUGGAAAAAAUAUGUUUGAAGCAUCUCGAGAUUUUUCUGAUGAUCCUUUUUCUUCAGCUAAAAGAAGCAAAAUGGUAAGAGCCGCCAGAGAUCUACUUUUCCGUGUUGCGGAACUUAUCAUUCUGGCUGACACUGUCGAUGUUAAAAAUUUAUUACAAUCUUUAAAAGCCGUUGAAGGUGAUUUGGAAAACGUUUUAAAUUCUGACAGUCAUGAGGAGUUGUUGGAAAACUUCAAUAAGUUUGGCUUGAAUGCCAAUAAUUUGUUCCAUCAUGCUGCUAAAAGACAGAAUGAACUAAUAGAUUGUAAAUUGCGUGAUAAUCUUGGUGCUGCUAGGGCUGUCCUCAAGAAAAACAGUAUGAUGCUUCUAACAGCUUCGAAGGUGUUUGUUCGGCAUCCUGAACUGUCUGCUGCUAAAGAAAAUCGUGAUUUAGUAUUUAGACAAGUUUGUGAAGCUGUAGCAACUGUGAGAGAUGUUGCCAAAGGCAAUAAACCCAAAGACGAUAUACAUGAUUUUCCUGGAGAAAUGGCUUCAGCUUUAAAUGAAUUCGAUGAAAGAGUUAUCAUGGACCCAUUGAGUUACAAUGAAUAUAAGACCAGACCAGACCUGGAAGCACAAUUGGAAAGAAUAAUUAGUGGUGCAGCUUUGAUGGCGGACUCUUCAUGUACUCGUGAAAUUAGGAAACAAAGAAUUGUUGUCGAAUGCAAUGCUGUUCGUCAAGCUCUUCAAGAUCUUUUAUCAGAAUAUUUUGCAAAUGUUGGAUCUAAUGAGCCUUGUGAAAACUUGGAGAGAGCGGUUGAGAGAAUGAAUAUUAAAACUAAAGAUUUACGACGACAAUUGCGACAGGCAGUCAUUGGCCAUGUAACAGAUUCUUUUUUGGAAACCAAUGUUCCUCUUCUCGUUUUGGAUGAAGCAGCUAGACGUGGUGAUGAAGACGAAGUUGAGCUUUAUCAAAAAAUGUUUGAUGAACAUUCUAAAAAAUUGGUGGAGGUUGCUAGCCUUGCAUGUAGCAUGUCAGAUAACGGAGAAGGUGUUCGUAUGGUGCGAUAUGCAGCCCUUCAAAUCAACAACUUAUGCCCUCAAGUUAUUAAUGCUGCCAAAAUCUUAGCAGCUCGACCGAAAUCAAAAGUUGCUAUUGAAAAUAUGGAUGCCUACAAAAAUCUAUGGGAAACUCAAGUUCGGUUAUUAACUGAAGCUGUUGACGACAUCACCACAAUUGAUGAUUUCCUAUCUGUUUCAGAAAGUCAUAUUCUAGAAUAUUUUAAAGAAUGUGUUUCAGCUCUCAAUGAGCAUGAUGGAGAUAAACUUCAUCGUAUGGCUGGAGCUAUAAGAGGACGUGCUGCUCGAGUUUGUAAUGUCGUCUCUGCUGAAAUGGAUAAUUAUGAACCGAACGAGUUUACUGAAAGAGUUAUGAAUUCAGUAUAUGAAUUGAGAAAUAGAAUAAUGCCUGCUUUUGCCAGUAAAGUGGAAAAGGCUAUUGAAUUAUUAUCAAAUAAUCGAUUCAAAGAAUUGGAUGAUAACCAAUUCAUUGACGCCUCUAGGAUGGUGUAUGAUGGAGUGAAAGAAAUUCGACGAGCUGUUCAUUUUGAUCGAGUAAUUGAUGACUUUGACUCUGAAACUGAAAUUGGCUAUGAGGAUACUAAUUGUGAAACUCGAAGCGUUGUCACUGAUUUUGAUGAAUAUCCUGAAAUCAGUGGUUUAACCAAUACAAGAGAAGCUUAUAGAAUGAUAAGUGAAGAAGAAAAACAAAAGAUUGCCGCACAAUUUGAGACAUUUAGGACCGAAAAAGUAAGAUUUGAUCGAGAAGUGGCAAAAUGGGACGAAAAGGGAAAUGACAUUGUUGUUAUUGCUAAAAAAAUGUGUUUCAUCAUGAUUGAAAUGACUGAAUUCACUCGAGGUAAAGGUCCGCUGAAAACAACAAUGGAUGUCAUCAGUAAAGCUAAAGAGAUUUCCGAGUUAGGAACAACAUUGGAUAAACUAGCAGGUCAAAUUGCUGAACAAUGUCCUGAAUCAGAUACUAAGAAAGAUUUACUUGCUUAUCUCAAGAGAAUUGAACUUUACUGUCAACAAUUAAAUAUUACCUCAAAAGUAAAGGCCGAUGUUCAAAACAUAUCAGGAAAUUUAAUUGUAUCAGGGUUGGACAGCGCAACAUCCCUCAUCCAGGCAGCCAAAAACUUAAUGAAUGCAGUGGUUCUCACUGUUAAAGCUUCUUACGUCGCGUCAACAAAAUAUACCCGAGGAAUCAGAAGUGCCCCAAUCGUUGUUUGGAAGAUGCGAGCUCCGGAAAAGAAACCUUUGGUCCGUAAAGAAAAGCCAGAAGAGGCCAGGGCUAAAGUGCGGAAAGGCUCAACCAAAAGAAAAGAUUCCCCCUUAAAAGUACUAAGCGAAUUCCAAACAGAUGACUUUUAAUGCCUUUGAGUGAAGAUACAUAUCAGAUGUAUCAUACCUAAACUUAAACCUAAACUGCUGCAGCUAACAAGAUAAAAAACAGUCAUAAUACCUACCGAAUCAGCCCUGAACCCAGAGCCAAUUUAAGAUCUUUGGAAAAAUCAACGCCAGAAGAACCUAAACCACCAUCAGGAACAUCAGCAAUCAAAAAAUCUUUACCUGGAACACCAGAAAUGCCUUCUAUUAGUAUUGAUACAACUUUACACCAGAAAAUAUUAACAAAAGCCAAAACUCUUCGAGAUAACGUGCUUUGAAAGCUUGAAGACGCACAAAUCCCAGAUUCAUCUCUAAUAAAAUGUUGUUUUUUAUCACCAAAGAUUAAUUAUAUUUUAACGUAUUUAAUACACUCAUCUUGUGAAUUAUCAACUCAUCUUUUCAUUGUUUAUAAUCUUUGAUUUCAUUAAACGUAUUGUUUUUCAUUCUGAAA